GGAAAUCCUUACCGGAAAAACACCUCAAAUCAACCUGCGGCAACCAACUUACAUUCAAAGAUUCGCCUUCUUCCCUCGUCACUGUAUACUAGUUGAAGUCCAUCAAUGUUACGCAAAAUGGAGGUUAAAACAACAAAAUAUUCUGAAUCGAUCAACUCAAAUCGGAGGGGUAACAGUAGCCAGAAGAGGGAAAGGGGCUUGCAGAUUGAAGGAUACGCGCUAGAAGGGAUAUCAAUAGCAGGUCAUGAGACGUGCAUAAUAGUUCCCUCGCUUAACUUAGCCUUUGAUAUUGGCAAGUGUCCUCAGCGUGCCAUCUCUCAGCAGUUCCUUUUCAUCUCUCAUGGCCACAUGGAUCACAUAGGAGGACUACCUAUGUAUGUUGCGACUCGUUCCCUUUAUAGAAUGAGACCUCCUACUGUUCUUGUACCAAAAGUAAUCAAAGAAAGUAUAGAGAAGCUUUUUGAAGCUCACCGAGCUAUGGAUCACUCAGAACUGAACCAUACUUUGAUUGGGUUGGAUGCGGGAGAAGAAUUCUACUUGAGGAAGGAUCUUAAAGUUAGAGCAUUUAAGACUUAUCAUGUCAUUCCUAGCCAGGGUUAUAUAGUAUAUUCAAUCAAGCAGAAACUUAAGCAAGAAUAUGUUGGCCUUCCAGGAGAUGAGAUUAAGAAGUUAAAGUUAUCAGGUGUGGAGAUCACGAACACUUCAACAACACCUGAAAUUGCAUUUACAGGUGAUACCAUGUCAGACUUCAUUAAGGAUCCCAAAAAUAUUGAUGUUUUGAGGGCAAAAAUCCUCAUAAUGGAGAGCACUUAUGUGGAGGACAAAACGACAGCAGAUAAUGCAAGAGAAUAUGGACAUACUCAUCUGUCUGAGAUUAUCAAUUUCGCAGACAUGUUUCAGAACAAAGCCAUCCUUUUAAUCCACUUUUCGGCCCGCUAUCAGUUGGAUGUUAUUGAGGAGGCUAUUUCUGCAAUACCUCCGCCUUUGGCAGGCAGAGUUUUUGCGCUUACAGAAGGCUUUUGAUGCAACGCCAAAUCUACUUAUCUGGUGGAUAUUUCCUUUUCCUUUCCCCUCCCCUAUGAUUUGGCUGAUUUCAC